AAAAGAGGCGAGGUAGCGGGUAAAGCCGAGAAGCGAGUUGAGCAACCCGGGAAGGAGAGAAGGAAUGAGAAAAGGCAGGCAGUACGCUUUUUGGCGCUCACGAUUUAGCUGCCAUCAUGACCUCUAGGAAAUGCCCUGGGCGCAGGAGGAAAAACACAGAAUUUAUCGCAAAGAGAAUCACAACAAGAGAAGAGCUUGCAUUAAGAGGUCCAUUGAUUGAAAGUGACAGAACUUCAAAAACUGAAGACAGAUUUAGGCGCAAAGACAAAAUAAUCCAGGAAUUGCUCUUAGAGAUUGAACAUCUAAAAACAGAAAAUCUUGAUUUGGAGAAGCAUGUUAGGAAAAUACUUAACAGUAAAGAUAAAGUAACAACCCAAGUGGACAGUUUGACCAGUGAGAAUGAAUAUCUUUGUAAAGAACUUGCUCAUGUAGAUAAGAUAGCUGAACAACUGGAAAAAGAAAGAGAGUUUGUACUUGAUAGUGCUGGCCAGGAACUUUCAGAAGCCAAGUCUCAGAUUAAAUUCCAACAAAAUACUAUUAAAAAAUUGGAACAUACGGUCAGCAUUCUUAAAUCUGCGACCCUGGAUGUUGAAAAGUCAGACGGAAAGCUCAACAGUUUUGUAAAAACAGUAGAAGAAGAGAAAGAUUAUUAUAAAUCUGAAGUAGAAAAAUUGAAGAAGAUGUAUCGAAGUUCAAGUCCUAAACGCAGCCCGUCUUGUUCGAUUACAAAAAUUUCCUCCCCAAUUCAGGGAAAGCAGAGUGAUAAAGAAUGUCUACAAAUUUUGAUAGAACGUGAUGAAUUUAAGACAAUGCUGGAAAAAUAUCAACGUCAUAUAACAGAACUCCAGGGCAAUAUUAAAGUUCUCAUGGCAGAAAGAGACAAAGCUGUUUGUCUUUAUGAUCAGGCACAGGAAGAAGUAAAUCAACAAAGAAAAGAACUUAUGAAAAUCCCCAAAGCUUCUACAACUGCAGUGACUGUUCAGGCUGUCUUGAGACGUGUGGAAACAGAAAGGGAUGCAGCCAUUUCUGAUUUUCGAAGAAUGGCCGCUGAACGUGAUAGCUUGAGAGAGAGGUUAAAGAUUGCUCAAGACACUGCAUUGAAUGAAAAGGCUCACCUGGAACAUAGAAUUGAGGAACUGGAAUUAAAUAUUCAAAGCCUUGACAAUGAACGAUUAGAACAACUAUCGAAAAUAGAACUGUUGAAGGAUGCUAUUGAGUCUAUAGAAAGGGAGAUGAAAAUAUUGGGAAGAAGGGCAUCAGAUUCUGAAAAUGAACUUGGCAGACAGAAAGCAGCUAACACUUCACUAAGCAUACUGAAUGAAAAGAUAGAACAUAACUUUACAGAGGCAGAACGACAACUUUCAAAGAAAAAACAUGAAUUACAACUUACUCAAGAGAAAAAUAUGUGUUUGGAGGGAAAAAUUGAACAACUUUCAAAAGAAAGCCUGGAGCAACAAGGACAUAUUUGUACUCUUAAAGAUACAAUAAAUGAGAUGGAGGCAGAAAAGGAUUCUUUACAAGAUCUUCUGGAAGAUAAAAGAGAAAAAAUUCUUACAUUAGAAGAAAGUUUGGCCAUUCAAGAGAAGACAAUUUCAGAUCUGAAAGGUAUUCUUUCUGGCAUGGAACAUUCAUCAAAGCAUUCUACUGAAGCAUUAUGCAAGUAUGAACAAGAUAUUGGCAGACUACACCAAUUGUUAGAUGAUGCUAAUACUGAACUUAAUCAGACUUGCAGAGAGAAAGAUAUGUUAACUAGGGAACAUUCAAAACUAAAGGAACAACUUUGUGCCUUUAAGCAAGAAAAUCAGCUUCUAUUUGAGAAACUCAGUAAAAGUCAGAAUGAUUUUGAUGACAUGAAGUUGAAAAUUGAAGAUUUUCAAAGAUUGAAGUCCUUACUGAACUCCAAAGAGAAAGAUAAUGAAGAUCUUAUGGAAAACUUUCACAUGAUCCGUGAACAGGCAGACAGAUGGGAAUCAAAGUUGCAUCAAAUGGAAAAAGAUUAUAACUGCAUCCAGAUGGAACUUCUCAGUGCAGAAUCUGAGAACCAUAGACUGAAAGAGCAAGCAGAAUCGCAUGAAAUAGCAAUUGGACAACAUUUAGCAUCUGAAAAAGCCUAUAAGUCACAGAUUUCUACUUUAGUUUCAGAAUGAAUGGGAAUCAUCUCACUCAGAAAUAGAAUUUCUGAGAAAGCAACUCAACAAUGAAAGAAG